GUAGAUCUUCCGGUAACCAAUAAUGACAUGAACUCUGAAGACACACCUAAGGGAUUCUCUCGUUUGAUGAGAUACAAAGAGUUUGCUUUACAAAAACGAAAAGACAAAAUGAAUGCCAAAGAGACUAAUACUGGAAAUUCAUCGAAACCAAGCUUGCAAAUGCAACCUGGUGAACGAUUGAAAGAUUUUGUCGGUAGAGUUGAAAAUCAAUAUCAAUCAGACCUUCUUGCAGCUCAGAAGAAAACCAAGACUGUAAGCGCUAGAAAAAAGCGUAACCAAGAAUUAAGGAAACAAAAGAAAACGGCCAAGCAACAAAAGGAAUUAGAAUAUUACGGAGGACGAGAUUUUGAUGACUUGAAGGAUAAUGUCAAAUUCGGCGAAGUAGCUGAUGCUCCACCUAUUCUUACCAAACUACCAAAGGCUCGUGGACGGGGUAAAGAGGUAGGUCAAAAAAAAAAAAAAAAAUGGAAAAGAUAA